GAGCCCCCUGGAGGAAUGACAUGGUAUCUUCCCCCUUCGAGCGACGCAAACAGUUUAAAAAAAAUGUACUGGAUCAGUGGAUACAUUUUUCUAGCCCUGGCGCCUCUUAUCGCCUUUCGCUCUGCCGGGGCGUUCUCAGUGGACGCGCAUGGAAACCGCACAGAGAACAGCAACGUGACUGGCGGCGGCGGCUUCAUCCCAGUCGUGUUCACGAAAGUGAGCCAGAUAAUUGCCAGAGAGGGGAGCUGUGCGCUGAUUGAUUGCAACGUCACCGGAGAGCCGUUCCCCAGCAUCGAGUGGUUCAACUCCCAUGGAGAGCGCCUGGACACGCAGACAAGCGGAGGGAAGUGGUGGCUGCUGGACGACGGGGUCCUCAACAUCACCAGUAUUGAGUUUUCAGACCGAGGCAAAUACACCUGCAUGGCCACCAACGUCCACGGCAGCUCCAACGGUACUGUGACCCUGCGUGUGGUCUUCACCAACGGCGACAUGGGCGUAUACUACAUGGUGGUGUGUCUGGUCACCUUCACCAUCAUCAUGAUCAUGAAUGUCACACGCCUCUGUAUGAUGAGCAGCCACCUGAAGAAGACAGAGAAAGCCAUCAACGAGUUCUUCCGCACCGAGGGCGCCGAGAAGCUGCAGAAGGCCUUCGAGAUCGCCAAGAGGAUCCCCAUCAUCACCUCGGCCAAGACGCUGGAGCUGGCCAAGGUGACCCAGUUCAAGACCAUGGAGUUCGCUCGGUACAUCGAGGAGCUGGCCCGCAGCAUCCCGCUGCCGCCGCUCAUCAUGAACUGCCGCACCUUCAUGGAGGAGAUCCUGGAAGUGGUGGGGGUGGAGGAGAUGAGGCACACCUUCGUCCGGCACGCUCCGGAGUGGCGGCGUGACGCGCAGGGCUGGAUCCCCUCCAUCGGGGUGAGGGACGUCUUCACUAUCCUGCAGGUGAGGGAGAGAGAGCGUAGCGAGUCCCCUGCCGCCGACUCGGACAACUCCUCCGUUCACGAUCAGCCGCAGCAGAUCGCGAUCCAGGCGUCAGUGCACCCUCCCCUCGACGAUGGAGACUUCUGCGGCACGGAGGCUCCCCAGCAGCCCGAGACGUUGCCACCCUCCCCCUCUCCUCCUCCCUCCCCCUCUCCUCCUCCCUCCCCCUCUCCUCCUCCCUCCCCCUUUCCUCCUCCCUCCACUCCUCCCUCCCCCACGCAGCAGGCUCCUCACCCCGUCGAGGAGCAGCAGGAGGCUCCAGGAGACCAGGGCAGCACACAGGAAGUAGCUGAACCGAGGGUCAGCAAGACCCCUCCCUGUCAGGUGUUUUAUGAAAGCCAUGUGUGAUUGGAAUAUGAGGACCGGUCCGACAUCCUGCUAUGCAUUUCCACCUGAAGACUAAAGGUCCAUUUCACACUGUAUGGAAAAAAAAAUCACAUUUUUAUCUCUGAAGUUCCUAAAACAUUUCAUCCAGGCGGGAGAAAUCAGGCUUUUUAGACCCUUUUCACUCUGGAUUUUCAUGCUUGAAUGUACAUGAGGAGGUAGUAAUAUUAAUAAUGUAAUAAACAGAGAAAUGUAUCAGGAGAUGCCUUCUUAUUUAAGGAGGAGCAAGGGGGAUCUUUUUCAGUUUGUAGUUUCUUACAUUGUUCGGAUAUUUAUGUUUGACUCCAGAAAUCUGCGCCAUUGACUCGAGGAUUCACAUCCAGGGACCACCACAGCCGCUCUGCUUCACUACUGCUGCAUGCUGGACUGGAAGAGCUUAAUGGAGCGUUUGAUUGUUCGUGCUUUCAGCACGCAGGUUUGUGUCCUGAUUAGAGACACCUCUGGGUGGAGCUUGCUUUCUGUAUAUUCUUUAUAUUAUAGAAUAUUAUAUUAAUCCUCACUGUGCUGUGGUUUGAGUCCUCCAGUCUGUCUAGUUAAAGCAGGUAGCACUUUAAAAUCUCCAUUGUGUUUGUUUUUUCCUCCUCUCAUUCAACGUUUUCGGUUUAUAAUCCACCUCCCCGCCUGAUCUUAGCCUUGUCUUUCAUCUGCUGAGAUUUUGCUGUAAACGUGCAUGUUGAAGUGUGUUUGACAUCUAGUUCUGAGACUUAAAUUGACUCUUUUUUUGUUCUCGGCUGAAGCUCCAGUCUGUGGUCGAGAAGAGCUGCCACGCUGUUCUGCUUUAACUGAUGCUUUUCAGAUGCCUCUCUUUUGGUUUUUGUAGUGGAAUAAAAUACAGAUGCUGUGCUUUGACUUAAACUUAAAA